UCAUCAAAAUUAUCAAACUCUUAAUACACCAAAAACAUUAGAAAAUGGAGACAUUACUUACAUCAUUGGCUAUGGUUGUUGUAUUGUGGUGGAUAUGGAGAAUUGUGGAGUGGGUUUGGGUUAAGCCUAAGAUGCUAGAGAGUUACCUCAGAAAACAAGGUCUUGUCGGCACUCGUUACACGCCUCUUGUCGGAGAUGUGAGAAGAAGUUUUAGCAUGUUGAAGGAAGCAAGAUCGAGACCAAUGAAACCAACGGAUGAUCUCAUUUCACUUGUCAUGCCUUACUCCUUUCAAAUGCUCAAUACUUACGGAAAUACCCUUUUCACAUGGUUAGGACCCGUACCAUCCAUCACAAUAAUGAAUCCACGACUUAUCAAAGAAGUGUAUAACAAAGUUUAUGAUUUCCCCAAGACUCACACGUUUCCUUUGCUUGCGUUGAUAACUGAUGGACUCGCUAAUGCUGAUGGAGAUAAGUGGGCUAAACACCGGAGGAUCAUCAACCCGGCAUUCCACUUUGAGAAGAUCAAGAAUAUGGUCCCUACGUUUCAUCAAUGUUGCCGCGAGGUUGUGUGCGAGUGGGAAAAGUUAGUUUCAGAUAAAGGGUCCUCUUGUGAGGUUGAUGUUUGGCCAUGGAUUGUGAAUCUAACCGGGGAUGUGAUUUCUCGCACCGCUUUCGGUAGCAGCUAUAAAGAAGGACAGAGGAUAUUCAUACUACAAGAGGAACUAGCAAAGCUCAUCAUGCAAGCUCUUGGAAAGAAUUACAUCCCUGGAUAUCGGCAUAUCCCAACAAGGAAUGCUACAAGGAUAAAGACAAUAGUUAGAGAAAUCCAAGUUAUACUAAAAGGGAUCAUUAGCAAAAGAGACAAGGCUAGAAAAGCUGGGGAAACACAAAGUGACGAUUUGUUGGAUCUACUUCUUGUAUCAAAUUCAGGUGAAACUAAAGGAAAAGGACUGACCACCGAAGAAAUUAUUGAAGAUUGCAAGUUGUUUUAUUUCGCGGGACAAGAGACCACUUCAGUGCUUUUGACUUGGACCAUGGUUUUGUUAAGCCAACAUCAAGACUGGCAAGCUUGGGUGCGAGAGGAAGUGAUGCAAGUUUUUGGUGAUAGAGACCCCGAUCUUGAAGGCAUUAAGCAACUCAAAGUUAUGACGAUGAUUCUUUAUGAGGUCCUUAGGCUUUACCCUCCAGUCAUCCAGAUGAACCGAGCGAUCCACAAAGAGAUCAAACUAGGCGAUAUGGCAAUACCCGCCGGUGUUCAAGUCAAUAUACCUGUUCUGCUUAUCCAUCGUGACACUAAGCUUUGGGGCGAUGAUGCAGCUGAGUUCAAGCCCGAGAGGUUCAAAGAUGGGAUCUCAAAGGCAACAAAGAACCAGGUUUGUUUCUUGCCUUUUGGAUGGGGACCGAGGAUUUGCAUCGGUCAGAAUUUUGCUCUCUUGGAGGCAAAGAUGGCUCUGGCUUUGAUUCUACAGAGAUUCUCCUUCGAGCUUUCUCCUUCUUACGUGCAUGCACCUUACACAGUUAUCACUAUUCAUCCACAGUUUGGUGCUCAUCUUAUCAUAAACAAGCUAUGAUCUUGUGAUAAUAUUUUUUUUUGACUAAGCUUCUUAUACACGAGCAAACAAGACAGCGUAGAGAAACUAAUCAAGAUCACUUUCAUAAAACCAU